AUGUUUAUAAGUAUCAAAAUCAUUUUGACGGUAUUGUUUGUCAAUAAUUUCUUAGGAGUAGUGAGUUCUGCAAAAAUACUAUCAGUGUUUCCAACUCCUUCAAUUAGUCAUCAAUUUGUGUUUCGAACUGUGAUACUAGAACUGGUCAGGCGGGGACACGAAGUCACAGUUAUUACUACGGAUCCUGCAUUUCCCAAAGGACAAACACCACUGAAUUUAAUAGAAGUAGAUGUGCAUGACUUAUCAUAUGAGAUUUGGACGGAUUUUUUACUAAAAGGAAAAACUGGAAGCGAAGAAGAUCAUUACUCUCAAAUAAAUUCUAUGUUAAGGAUCGUUUCAAAAAUAUUUAAAACACAGUUACUCGGAACUGCAGAAGUCCAAGAAAUAAUAAAUAAAAAAGCAGGACACUAUGAUUUAUUACUAUUAGAAGCAUACGUGAAACCCACAUUAAUUUUUACACAUAUAUUCAAAGCCCCAGCGAUUCAAAUUAGUUCAUUUGAUGGGUUACUAUAUAACUUUGAAGUAUUUGGUGCUCCUAUGCACCCCCUCUUGUAUCCAUCACUGACGAAUCAAAGAAUAUACAAUUUAUCCUUUUAUGAAAAACUCCAGCAAUUAUAUAAUCGAUGGUGGCUAGAAAGUUGUUAUCAUAUAAUUGAAGAAGAAGACAACAAAAUGCUACAAACCUUAUUUGGGUCGAAUAUUCCAUCGAUACAAGAACUGUCCAAUAACGUUGACAUGCUGUUUUUGAAUGUCCAUUCGAUUUGGAAAGACAACCAACCAGUUCCACCAAAUGUUGUACAUAUUGGAGGAAUACAUACUCGUUUAUCGAAAGCAUUACCAAAGGAUAUGGACUUGUUAUUGAAUGCAUCAAGUAACGGCGUUAUUUACUUCAGUCUUGGAACCAAUGUGAAUACGACAAAUUUGCCACCGGACAAAGUGCAGAUGAUGGUGAAUGUUUUCUCUCAACUUCCUUAUGAUGUUAUAUGGAAGUUGGAUAAGGAUACAAUACCUGGAAAAACAGAAAACAUCAAACUAUUUAAAUGGGUACCGCAGGCAGACCUUCUUAAGCAUCCCAAGAUCAAACUAUUUAUUACUCAAGGAGGACUUCAAUCCACUGAUGAAGCUAUUGAUGCUGGAGUACCUGUUAUUGGUAUACCAAUGUUAGCAGAUCAAUGGUAUAAUACAGAAAAAUAUCAAUAUCAUAAAAUUGGAAUUAAACUUUAUCUUCCAGAUCUUACCGAAGAAGUAUUUAGAAAAGCUAUUGAUACAGUAAUAUCUGAUAAAAGUUAUCGAGAAAACAUGAUAAGACUCCGCACCCUCAUGAAAGAUGAACCACGGACACCUCUAGAAAAUGCAGUUUGGUGGAUAGAGUACACCUUGAGGCACGGUGGGGCAAAACAUCUUAAAGCAGCCGGUGCUAAUAUUUCAUGGGCGCAAUACUUAGAGCUAGAAUUAGUAGCAAUAGUAUUACUUUUUUUUUUAUCCCUGACUAAUUGUGCAAAAAUCCUAGCAGUGUUUCCGACACCUUCAAUAAGUCAUCAAAUUGUGUUUCGACCGUUGAUACACGAAUUGGUCAGGCGAGGUCAUGAAGUCACAGUUAUCACGACUGAUCCUGCUUUUCCAAAAAAUGAAGCACCAAUUAAUUUAACAGAGAUAGAUGUUCAUGACUUGUCUUACAAAAUAUGGAUAAAUGCUUUGGAAGAAUCAAAAGCUGGAAGCGAAGACGAUAGUAUUUCUACUCAAAUAGAAGUAGUACUGAAAACAAUGUCUCAAGUGUUCAAAGCUCAAGUAGCUACUCAUGAAAUUCAGGAAAUAAUUAGUAGGAAAAAGGAAUACUUUGAUUUAUUAAUUAUAGAAGCUUACGUGAAACUUGCAUUAGCUUUUACUCAUAUAUUUAAGGCGCCAACGAUUCAGAUUAGUUCAUUUGGUGGAUUACAAUUUAAUUAUGCAGUUGUUGGUGCUCCUGUACACCCCCUGUUAUACCCAACCGUGAUGAAUCAAAAAACAUACAAUUUAUCCAAUUACGAAAAACUGGAGCAGUUGUAUAAGCUAGGUGUGCUUGAAAGGUCAAUGGGCUUAUUGGAGCAAGAAGAUGAUAAACUUUUAAAAAAUAUAUUUGGCUGGGACAUUCCAUCCAUACGAGACUUAUCUAAUAACGUUGAUAUGCUAUUUCUCAAUACUCAUUCAAUUUGGUCGGAUAACCAACCGGUUCCCCCGAGUGUUGUAUACAUUGGCGGUAUACACAAUAGAGCACCAAAAGAAUUACCCAAGGAUUUGGAUUAUCUAUUAAAUGCAUCAAAAAAUGGUGUAAUUUACUUCAGCCUUGGUACCAACGUGAAAGCAUCAAUUUUGCCACCAAAACAAUUACAGAUGAUGAUAAAAGUUUUUGCAGAAUUACCAUAUGACGUUAUUUGGAAGUGGGAUCUGGAAUCCAUGCCUGGAAAAACAGAAAAUAUCAAAAUAUUCAAAUGGCUGCCACAAGCAGAUCUACUAAGACAUCCAAAAAUCAAACUUUUUAUCACACAAGGAGGACUUCAAUCCACAGAUGAAUCGAUAGAUGCUGGAGUACCACUUAUUGGUAUACCAUUGUUUGCUGAUCAAUGGUUCAAUACAGAAAAAUAUCCAUAUCAUAAAAUUGGAAUGAAACUUGAAAUGCCUUCUUUAACCGAAGAAGUGUUUAGAGAAGCCAUAAAAAAAGUUAUUUCGAAUAAAAGUUAUCGAGAAAAUAUAAGGAGACUGCGAAUACUCAUGAGAGACGAGCCACAAACUCCUCUAGAACGCGCUGUUUGGUGGACCGAAUACGUCUUGAGGCACGGUGGUGCAAAGCAUCUACGAGCAGCUGGCGCUAAUAUUUCUUGGGCACAAUACUUAGAGCUUGAAAUAGAUCUCAAAAGCUUCUUAGAUUCAUCGAAGCAUGGGGUAAUUUAUGUCAGUUUUGGUACUAAUGUUUUGCCAUCAUUGCUCCCCCCAGAAAAAAUAAAAAUUAUGACAAAAGUUUUCUCUAGUCUACCGUAUGACGUUUUGUGGAAAUAUGAUAAAGAUAUUUUACCUGGACUAUCAGAAAACAUCAAAUUGUCAAAGUGGUUCCCCCAACCAGAUCUUUUGAAACAUUCUAACGUUAAAUUAUUCAUAACUCAGGGAGGUUUACAAUCAACAGAUGAAGCUAUAGAUGCUGCAGUACCUCUAAUCGGUAUUCCAAUGUUAGUAGACCAAUGGUAUAAUGUUGAGAAAUAUGUCUACCAUAACAUUGGGCUGCAGUUAGAUAUAACGACUUUGAAUGAAGAACAAUUUAGAAAUUCCGUUGAAAAAGUAAUAAAUGAUAAAAGCUUCAAGCAUAACAUUACGAGACUAAGGACAAUUAUGAGAGAAUAUCCUAUAAAACCUCUGGAUCUUGCUAUUUGGUGGACAGAACAUGUUAUCAAACACGGCGGAAGUCAUUUAAAAGCACCCGCAGCUAACAUGUCAUGGUUAGAAUACUACGAAGUUAAACUAGUGCUUAUAAUAUUAAUUAUUUUAAUAAUUAUUUUUUCUUUACUAGUUAAAGAGAAAUAUUAA